CCAAGGCUCUUCUCCCCUGGUAGCUCAGUUUGGCCGUACGGCCUGGACGGGUUCUGGUCAUCCCAAACAUCUUGUAUUUAAGGAUUAUGGAGGCCACUGUGCUCUUAGGAACAUCAAGUGCAGCAGAGAUGUUUUAGUUACCAUGGCCAGAUCUGUCUCUGAGCUCUUCAGGCAGUUCCUUUGACCUCAUGAUCCUCUUUUGCUCUGACGUGCAUUGUGACCUGUAGGUCUUAUAUAGACAGGUGUGGCUUUCCUAACCAAGUCCAAUCAGUAUAAUCAAACACAGCUGAACUCUAAUGAAGGUGUAGGACCAUCUCAAGGAUGACCAGAAGAAAUGGAAACCACCUGAGUUAAAUACAUGAGUGCCACAGCAAAGGGCCUGAAUACUUAGGACCAUGUGAUAUUUCAGUUUGUACUUUUUUAAUAAACCUGCAGAAAAAUGUGAAAUUCUGUGUUUUUCGGUCAGUAUAGGUAUUGUGUGCAUUGAUGAGGAAAAAAUAAAUGUAAUUUACUUUAGCAAAUGGCUGCAAUAUAGCAAAGAGUGAAAAAUGACGGGGGUCGGAAUACUUUCAGUACCCACUGACUAACGAGAUACAGUGUUCUGCUGCUCAUAAGUAACCAAACUAACUGUAGUGUAAAUGUUUAUGAAAAACAAAAUUGUAAAGCUAAAAAGAAACCUUCAUGGCCACAAAAAAGUUUUUUUUAAAUGACAACACAUUAAAUUUAUUUUUUUGCUAUGUGAACGAUAUGUAAACCAUGUAGAAAAGGACAUAACUUUUUUAGACUAAAGGAACUGUUAAUCCUUGUAGAUGAAAGUCGCUUGAAGAAAAGCAUGAAACACUUGAAGCGUUUUUUAGUAUAUAUAUAUGUGUGUGUGUGUGUGUUUGUGUGUGUGUGUGUGUUGUUUCUUGAUAAAAAAAUGUCCUAAUUUCUGCAAUUAGCCCAGGAUCUGGAUCAAUCUUUCUUUAUGUCAGUGACUUGAUGCAAUUUGCUGGGUUCCUUAUAUAGGAAACAUUAUUUCUGAUUGGCUUAAUGAACUGUGAAUUGGAAUGUUUACUAUGUGAAGUGCCUUGAGACGACUCUUGUCGUGAUUUGGCGCUAUAUAAAUAAACUUGAAUUGAAUUGAAUUCUUUGCUGUAUUUACUUGUUAAAUUUAUUUUUAUAACAAAUUAAACUUAAAAGUGCGUUGAAUUGGCAUUUUCUUCAUCAUUAUAACUUACCUAUUACAAAGUAUUUAUCUGCAACAGCCUGCGCUGACGGCCAUAUUCUGGAGUAACAAUCAAUGGCCGCAAACGGCCCAUGGGCCACACGUUGAGCACCCCUUGCUCACAUAGAUUUUAUUUCACUCUCUCUGUUAGAAGAGCCGUUUCUUCUGCCGUACACAUCCCGGGCGCCUCUCGGUUGUGUCAUGCCAGCAGAUUUCUUUUCAGCCAUUAUUUAUUUAUGCUUUUGAAAAGCAGACUGGAACCUACCAUCUUUUCCAUACGGGAACGGUGGGUCGGAGGGGGAAGUUGGGGUGGGGCUUUGAGUUCGACUGACCUCACAGCUGACCAAAGGAAAGGAUCGAGACUCUGCAUUGCUCUCAGGACACACCCAGCCUGCGUGAUGUGAUGGUUGAGAGACGGUGAGAGUCCAGAACGUGCAGCUUCGGCCUCGUAACCGAGUCUGGGACGGGAAUGCUGAGUCAGUGAAACUACAUAAAAGCCUGGGAGAGGCUGGAAGAAGGUAAACUGCAGGGAGAGAAAGGUAACAAGCAGGGUAAGUUGGGAAAGAUGGGCAUGGUGAUACCCUUCCACUUAUUUCAUUCGUUUUAUUUUAAUACACUUUAAACAGUAUUAAAACUAAGUUCUGAUUUAGUUUAAAACCAGAACUGUUUUACAGCUAGAGGCCAGAUCAGAUGUCACAUGAAAACAUCUGCUUUGUGUCGCAGUGGCAGCUUCAGUGAACCCAGUGACAUCAGCACUGACGAACCUGAUGCCGCCCACUGACCGGAGCAGUGGAUAUCAUAUUACUAGCUUUAUUCAGCAGAGAUGCGUAAUGAGAAUAGAAAUGCUCUAAACGACGUGCCUUAGUUGCAUGAAUCCUGGAUUUUCACACCAGCUUCCCCCUGCUGUCAGUCAGAUGGAGGUAGAUGAGCCUGUGGGUUUGCCGAAGCUGUCCCGGGUCGCUGUGUGUGGUGGUACCCAUGGCGAUGAAUUGUCCGGGGUUUACUUGGUAAGAGAGCAGCUGAAGCAAUCAAAGAGGAAAGAAGCUGAUCACGAAGAGCCUACGCCUGUGUUGAUGGUGCUGUCUAACCCGCGGGCCACUCAGCAGUGCCGCAGAUACGUCGACACUGAUCUAAACCGCUGCUUCACUCGUUCAGUGCUGGAUGGUCCCACGUCAGACACAGACCCCUAUGAGAUUAUCCGAGCCAAAGAACUGAAUGCCAUGCUGGGUCCAAAAGGCAGUCGUGGGGCAGUGGAUCUUAUUUGCGACCUCCAUAACACAACCGCUAACAUGGACCUGUGUUUCAUUGCGUAUUCUGACUGUGACUGGAUCAGUCUUCACAUAUUCAAACAUCUGCAGAGGCAGAUGCCAGAUACACCAAUGAGAUUCAUCCAUUUGGAUGUUUCUAAUAAAGAAUCAUAUUCUCUUGAUUCGGUAGGAAAACAUGGGUUUGCCAUGGAAAUCGGUCCUCAGCCCCAUGGAGUGGUGAGGUCUAACAUCUAUGCAACAAUGAAAGUAGGAGUCCAGCACAUGCUGGAUUGGAUCCGCCACUUUAACUCAGGCUCAGUGUUUGACGGAGGAUUUGUUGAUGUGUACACCGUGGUUAAAAACAUUGACUACCCAAGAGACGGCGAGACUCACAACAUCACAGCAGCCAUUUAUCCUUCCCUCCAGGACCGGGACUUUUGCCUGCUCCACCCUGGAGACCCCCUGUUCCAGACCUUCUCAGGGGAAACCCUAAGAUAUAAAGGCAGGGAACCUCUUUAUCCAUUCUUCAUCAAUGAAUGUGCUUACUACGAGAAGGGCAUUGCGCUCUCCCUGGCAAGAAAGAAGUCCGUCAUGAUUCCUGCAAUUCGGAUGCAAACCGAUACAGAGGAACGUGCAUGUGAUUGGAGUUUUACAUCGGAAGAAGAGGAGUGAAGGGGUUCCCUAAAAUAAGACCAUCAUACAAGUAUUUAUUUUUUACAAAAGCUUUUAUUAAAAAGGACAGCUCGUGUAGCUUUGCACAAGUUGAUUCACAGCAGAUGAGCAACACUUUGUAAGUUCACAAACAUCACAAGUUACAGUAAAUUCAGGGAUGGAACUUCUUUAGACUGAUGUCUGAAUGUAGAGUACGAGUUAUCAAAUCAAAUGUAGUGCAGCAUUCAUAGAUAUCCAUACAUUUCAUUAAAGUUGAUGAAGCAGUGCUAAUUAUAAAAUCCAUGUAUUACUUUGCACUGUUCGAAAAAUAGUUUCAUCACUUUUAGACAAUGUUCAAGAUAAAACAUGUUUUUAAGUGCAAAGGAACAACGUAUGGCCUUGAAAAUUACAUCCAUGAUGCCAACAGGAGAAAAGGUUUCUCUUAAAUUAUGAAAAAGGAAAUAACUAAGAACAACUUGGAAAAUCUGAAUGAAUAAAAAAAACUACAAUACAAAACUGGGAAAGGAACUAAAAUGACUAGGAAGGAUCCGUACACGAUCAACGAAACAGUAGUUACACAGCUUUGUCAAAAAAACAACAAAAUGUGGUUUUCAAACAUGAAAGUAAAAAUAUUACAAA